AGGAAAUGCCUCUCCUCAUGAGCUGUCACGCUGACAGCUCGUGAGGAGAGCCUGGCACUGAUCAUCAGUACCCUGGUAAUCAGUGUAGCCCCAUCAGUGCCACCUGUCAGUGUCCAUCAAUGCCGCCUGUCAGUGUCCAUCAAUGCAAACUGCCAAAGCCCAUCAGUGCCACAUCAAUGCCACAUAUCAGUCAGAUGCUGCCUAUCAGUGACCAUCAGUGCUGCCUAUCAGUGCCGCCUAUCAGUGCCGCCUAUCAGUGCCAGUCAGUGCCACCUAUCAGUGCCAUAUAUGAGUGCUGC